GUCAGGCCCCCUCGCCAUGAUCUUGACCCGCUGAAGCCUCAACCUACCACCACCCAGACCCGCCCACAACCUUCUGUGCAAAUCCCUUCAGGAUGGACUCUCGGCCGCCAUAUCAACCACGAGACGCGCGAGAUCGUCCCUUCAUUCACAACCCGAACCAUCAACCGCCUCCUCCGCCUCCUACCCAACAGCCACCGCAGCAACAGCAGCAACAACAACAGCAACAGCCUCCUUACUCCUACGCGCCGCCUGCCUCACAACAAGCCGUACACGUGCCCUACGGUGCAGAUCCUUACGCUCGAGAACAACGUCGCGAUCCCUUCCUCCCUCAAUCCGCACAUCAAAGAAACGGUAGUUAUGGAAUAUCUGGUGGCAAUGGACCCAUACCAGGCCCGCCUCCCGAGAAGUCGCCUGUAGAUGGAGCUUGGUCUCAUAGUGGCGCACAACCGCAACAGCACCACGCACCCGUACAACAUCAACAUCACCACCAUCAUCAAUCUGCCGGUCCACCACCUCCACCGCCUCCACCAAUGUCUGGCCCGAAUCAUCCCCAGAAUAUGCCUGCAUAUGCCCCAGAACAUUCGAGACGCGGAUCAAUAGGAGCCGGGAGCCCACCUGCUGGAUAUUAUCAACCGCCACGAGACUCUCAUCCUCCACCUCCACUCCCUCAUGGCAAUCGUAACAUGCCACCGCCUUCACCACAGAAACAAAGUUCUGGAGGGCCAUAUCAGAGUCAACAACGUCCUCCAGAUCCAUUCACAAAUCACAGAGAGCUUCCAAGUCUCGGGACCUCGUCCCAUCGCCCGGGCAGUGCUCUAUCCAUAUCGUCUCUAAUUGGAGGAAUGAAUGACUCCAGAUCGCAGCCUCAGCACUCGCCUCCACUCCAAGCAGCAGCGUCGCCCCCAACAAGGACAAUGCAACCCCCUUCACCAAGAAGAGCUCCAUCGACAGGUGCUAGGAACGAGUACGGCAUGUAUAACAGACCCCGGACACCUGAAAGAUACCCAUCCUCUUCCUCUGCAAGGCCAUCUGAGCCACGAGGGUAUGGUGCAUCGUCUCCGACGAGGGCAAACUCGAUGGCAAACAAGUCUCCAGAUCACCAACGGCAAGGCUUCUCUGGCCAAGGACCUCCCGGUCAGUACAAACCGAUGCAACAUCAAGAACAGCGAUAUUAUCCUGGCCACUCAAUACCACCAAGGGAUCCUGACAUGGGUGGUGGACACGGAGGCCAAACUGUCCCACCGCGACCACUGAGUCAACCGUCGCAAGGUCCAGGUCCGGCGCACGAGAGGAAAGGUCUCUUCGAGCCUUCUGGUGGAUAUGGAAGACCUCCAUAUGGAUACCCCCUCGACGAACGCAGGCACGAAGCUCCUCCACUACCUCGAUCGGCCGUCUCCAACCAAGUCGAUGAGCGCCAACGGGAUAGACCUGUGACAGUACAACCUGUAACACACUCCGCUUAUAGCCCUCCCAGGGAACAGGGUGGUCCUGGUCAGCAGCAGCCCGCGUACCCGGAUUCGCGCUAUCCAUUGUAUCGGCCUGGCAUGGACGAUGGUCGGAGAGAAGUCCCCCGGAGCGACGUGACGAGCGCGGCUCGACCUCCGUUUGGAGCACCAUUGCAACAUACCUCGCAACAUCCGUCAUUGAAUCCCGAAGAUCCUUCACGACCUCCACGUACACACACCGGGCCUCAUCCACGCAUGUCGGACCCUUUCAGCAACAUGCCUACUACUUCAGAUCCAAUAGGAAGUGACCGACGACUCGUCGAACAGCUUGGCCAUUCCGGCUCAUCUAGUGCUCCACCAUACCAGGCCCGUGGACCUCCUUUCGAUCCCCAGAACCAAAGAUCCGGUCACCUCGGCCCGGAAGCCAACCGAAGGACAGGCCGCGCUUCUCCACUACCACAAGCCGUACAGGGAGCUUCAGCCCAGCCUGUCGGGCCGGGCGGUCGGCCGGAGAUCAAGAGCGAGUUUGGCAGGAUGUUCUCGGGACUCGGUGGUGGACUAGGCAGUGCGCCCUCGAGGCACGGGACAGCCACACCUUCAAGGCGAAGUCCUUUGCCACAAAAUGGAGGGGAAUCUAGCUUCGGCGAUGGCGAGGUUUCCAUGGCACGAGCUGGUUCACAUAGCGGAAGAAGGGCUAAUAAGAGAGUGAAAGACGAAGACAUGAUGAUGGCAGACAACCACAACGCGGAUGGAAGAUUAACUCCAUCGAUAUCCCGUGCAGGCGGGAAGAGAUCGAAACAUCAUCAUCCGCCAGAUCAUCACCAUCACCAUCGCGCAGUGGGCCAUCACCAUCACCAUGUCCACCACAAACCAGCCCAUGAGCAUGAUGAUGGCCAAGCGGCAGGUCAAUUCAACACCAUACGAUUGGGUCCGAACGGGGCCCCAACAGAUUCCACACCAGAAGCCACUCACCAUCACCAUCACCACCACAUUGUACAUCCGGGACAUCACCACCACACUCCACGACCGAUACCGCCCCCAGACAAGCUCCCAGAAUCGAUCUACAACAUCACUGCUCUCCUCGCCGAUGCAUCAAAAGAACCAAGCGCUCAUCUCGGAUCACAAGUGUAUGCACCGGUGCCAGUACCACCAUCUGUCGAAACGCCGCUCGAUGAUAAAUUCGGCUACGCGUCAAUGCCGAACCCACUGCCUUCCACAAUUCAGGGCAGAGUGAAUUGUACAUUUGACAUCCGCAUCCCUCGCUACUUCCUGACGCCGCUCCAGCGCGAACUGGUUGUGAAGCAACGUUGCGUGUGGGGACGAGACGUUUACCGCGAUGAUUCGGACCCUCUCGGCGCGGCAAUUCACUCCGGCUGGAUUCUUGGCGCGUGGGGCGACGCGGUGAGCGAUGUCAGCAUCCUAGAUGACCGCUGUGCACGCGCCAGAGCGCCAGAGGACGUGGAACAGCGAAUUUUGGCACGCCCGGCGGCACCUCUGAUUCCACCGCCCGAUGUCGACCUCAUACUACGCAUCCUCAUACUCCCCCCGCUAGAGCGAUAUCCGUCGCACAAUCAGUAUGGCAUCACAAGCCGCAAAGCGGGAAACAAAUAUGGCGGCAUGAGCUACACAAUCCAAGGGUUGCAAUGGAAAGAUGAGGGGCCUGGGUCUCGCGGACAAGACCGCACGCGAGAGGCUAAAAACAAUCGCAUGAGUGCAGCCCAGGCGUUGCUUGACAUGUGUCUCUCCACGCGCACGCGGACGAAUGACAGCCCUAGGAACGGUACAGCGGCGGUUACGGCGUGAGGGGCGGCAGGAAUAAAUAUACAGGCCUAUAUGUAUGAUUGUUUCGGAUGUCAAAAAAAUUAGCGACGGCGCAAGUUCGGACUGUUGUAUACGGUGGACCUUUGUAGAGUGCGAUAUAAGGUAUAAUGUGGCCACAUGGAGAUGUUUAG